UCUCUCUCUCCACCACUCCCCUGGUGAGUCCACAACUCCCCCAGACCCCAGACCCCUUGUAUUGAGCGGGGGGGAGUGUGGUCUACACACCGUCUCUCUCGGACAUGGGACAACUAUCCAUCUGCGUUCUCAUCUGUUGCCUACUGACAGUCGCAGCUCACCGACACUCAGGAGGAGCCGGGCUCCGGUGCUGCUGGCUAAUCUUGGAGAUGGAGUUUCCCGAAGUUUCCUAUCCGGUCCUGAAAAGUUACCGGCAGCUCCCAGUGGCCGGAGAUUGCUCCAAGUAUCUGGAGUUCAGCACCCUUGCGGGCCAGACCUUCUGUGUGUUACUCAGUAAAGCUGAAAAGUUGAAGGACGUUGUGGAUUCUCGGUCCGCAGGUGUCCCCGUGUUGCCUGGAAGACCCAGUCUGGCACCGCCCAACAUCGCCCGACUCAGGCCAGUAGAACAGGAAGUGGCUUCAACCAUCCCUGUAGAACAGGAAAUUGCUUCAAAAAUCCCAGUAGAACAGGAAGUGACUUCAACCAUGCCAGUAGAACAGGAAGUGACGUCAACCAUGCCAGUAGGACAGGAAGUGAUUUCAAAAAUCCCAGUAGAACAGGAAGUGACUUCAACCAUCCCAGUAGGACAGGAAGUGACUUCAAAAAUCCCAGUAGAACAGGAAGUGACUUCAAAAAUCCCAGUAGGACAGGAAGUGACUUCAACCAUCCCAGUAGAACAGGAAGUGACUUCAAAAAUCCCAGUAGAACAGGAAGUGACUUCAUCCCAAGUGACUUCAAAAAUCCCAGUAGAACAGGAAAUGACUUCAAAAAUCCCAGUAGGACAGGAAGUGGCUUCAACCAUCCCAGUAGAACAGGAAAUUGCUUCAAAAAUCCCAGUAGAACAGGAAGUGACUUCAAAGAUCCCAGUAGGACAGGAAAUGACUUCAAAAAUCCCAGUAGAACAGGAAGUGACUUCAACCAUGCCAGUAGAACAGGAAAUGACUUCAAAAAUCCCAGGCUUCAACCAUAGGACAGGAAGUGACUUCAACCAUGCCAGUAGGACAGGAAGUGACUCAACCAUCCCAGUAGGACAGGAAGUGACUUCAAAAAUCCCAGUAGAACAGGAAGUGGCUUCAACCAUCCCAGUAGAACAGGAAGUGGUGCCAACAUCUGGUCCACCCGUCUCUCCCAUCCCCGGGCUGAAGGAACAAGACCACGUCGCUGGUCCGUCAACCUCAUCGCUCCCCCCAUCGGCAGCAACUGGACCCCACGGGGAGGGGGGAACAAGAAGGCUCGGUCCGUCCACUACACCCUCCCCCUGGUGGAGAGCGAGGGGGCCCCAGGACAUGGACCAGAGGCCGGUCACCGUGGAGGGUGAGGCGGAGAGCGAGGUUCCGGGGGACAGCGAAGGGGUCAGGCAUUGGCACCGAGGAGCCUCGGAGAUUCACGGAGGGAGGAAUCACGCCUACCUUCUCCUGCUGCUCCUGGCAUCCACAUGUUUCUUGAUGCUGGUCGCUGUGGCGGCUCGCAAAGCCAAACAGCCCACGCCAGCCCCCCAAGCUGCCAGUGUGGAUCUUAUCCGCUACUCAAGGGUUACGAGCGGCGUGUGAGGAGAGGAGGAGAGAGGAGGAGGAGAGGUGACCACAGCUCAUCCCAUCCUCUGCUUUGCCGCUAAUCCCCACCAGCGGGGAAAACCGGAGACUCCCGACGCUCCCGUUCACAAGGGCGCCAAGCGCGGAGUGAUCCACGAGAUCCCACCGUAUGGUCGGUCUCCAGCCUUGAAUGAGGCCCAGCGCAAAUUGGAGGAGCAGCACCUCAUAUUUGCCCCCGGGCAGCUUGCACCCCAGCGGCACGAACAUUGGGAAGGGACUUAAACUACAUUUUGCCUUCCGCCACAGUGAGGAGUGUGUGUAGGAGUCACUAAACAUAGGAAAUAGGCGCAGGAGGGGGCCAUUCGGACCAGCGGUGCAGGCUCGAAGGGCCGAAUGGCCUCUACUCCUGCACCUAUUUUCUGUUUCUAUGGGAAGGCUUUCAUGAUUAUGGUACCAAUUCUACGAUGGGAGUUUUCCCAAUUGCUGUUUUAUUGCAGAGUCUAACCAGCAUUGUUAGAUGUUUAAUAUUUCAUCAUUGUUUGUGUAUUUUGUCUCAAAUACUUGUUUGUGUGUAAUUUUUUAAAAAAUUAAACUUUUAAGGAACUUUGCCUGCCUGUGGCCGGUUCUUUCUUGAGGGUGUGGCGCGGAGGAUAGUCGCUGUCUCACCGCGUCGGGUUUGAUCCCGACCACGGGAGCCCGCCUGUGCGGAGUUUGCACGUUCUUCCCGUGACCCAGCGCGUGGGCUUUCUCCGGGUGCUCCGGUUUGUACACUCUGGAGUUUCGAAGGAUGAGAGGGAAUCUCAUUGAAACAUGUAUGAGAUUGUUAAGGGCUUGGACAUGCUAGAGGCAGGAAACAUGUUCCUGAUGUUGGGGAAGUCCAGAACCAGGGGCCACACAAUGGAGCGGCUGGGCUUGUACACUCUGUGGAGUUUAGAAGGAUGAGAGGGGAUCUCAUUGAAACAUAUUUGAGAUUGUUAAGGGCUUGG